AUCUGAAAUUAUAGAUUUCUUGUGGAGCUAUGACAAUAUUUUGGACAUGCGGACGGAUUUUGAAGAAAAAGAUGAACUAACUGAAGAUGAAUUUAAAAAAAGAUAUUAUGACUAUUUCGCAAAUACAUGCCAUAAA